AUGUCUCUUUCCACAACGUCAUUAUUCACCGAUCAAAUGGAUAUGAACGAUGAAGAGGAGGACUUCUUCUACUUUGAUCCAAAGCGAAAAAGAUAUAACCGAUUGUGGAGAUGUUCAGCUGUCAUUAUCGGAUUACUGCUCGGCAUAUCGCUUAUUUAUACUGCCUACUUCAUUUACACUGCUUCAUCAGUUCGAUCUCAUCCUCAUGCGCAUUCAACAGUUCGAAAUGCCUUCUCUUGGAUGUGGACGAAGCAAGAACCGGAAGAAGAUGGCGCACCUGAAUUGGCGAUCUAUUUGGAUCGCUUCAAACGUUUCAUGAAAAAGUGCGAUAUUCAACAUUGGUUCUUCACUGAUUAUGAUUGAUAUGAACGCGAUUAUGGUGGUGGCGUUGAGGUGUUGAAUCGAUUCGAGAUAUAUCUUAAAAAUACAAAUGCAGCGGAUCGUCUCAAUGAGAGAAAUGCGCAGUUGAGCGCUCGUUUCGGUGAUACGAUCUUCUCGGAUUGGAGUGACGACGAAUUCAAGGAGGCUGGUUUCGAUCGAUUUUUGAAAUGUGGUUCGUGUUGGGCUUUUGCUACAGUAGCGACAGUCGAGACUUCAUACGCGAUUAAUAAUCGAGAACUGAGAAGUUUAUCAGAACAACAAUUGCUGGAUUGUGAUUUGGUGGACAAUGCGUGUAAUGGGGGACAUGUCGAUACGGCAUUACAGUAUAUCUAUGAUAACGGUUUAAUGACCGAGUAUGACUAUCCUUACGUAGCACAUCGACAAGAUACAUGCUACCUUCACGGCGCAACAACCACCAUUAAAUCAGCUGUGUUCGUACAUCCGGAUGAAACGUCGAUUAUUGACUGGUUACUUCAUUUCGGACCUGUUAAUGUUGUGAUCAAUGCCACGGCUGAUAUCAAACAAUACAAAGGUGGGGUGUACACACCUGAUCAAUGGGAAUGUGAAAAUAAGAUCAUUGGUCUGCAUGCUCUAAACAUUAUGGGUUACGGCACUUGGAACGAAACAAACGAGAAGUAUUGGAUUAUCAAGAAUAGUUGGGGACAGUCAUAUGGUAUCCAGCAAGGUUACAUGUAUUUUGCGCGUGGUAUAAACGCUUGCGGUAUUGAAGAUCAACCGAUGGGUGUUAUUGCGUGA